AUGAGACCUAUUCCAGACCUCCCGUUCUCUCACAAAACCCCCUACGAUCGUCCCUCAUCCCCAUCCCUCGAUCCCCGCACUACGGCCCCCACAAGCUUCUUUCUAUCCCGCACUCCGUAUCCCUCAGAUCAUGAAUCAAAUAUAUCUCUAGAUAUCCCCGAAGAUGCCAAGGAGACAAUGUAUGGAGUACAAAGCCUAGAUGACACUCUAUCCCAAUCCGAAUUCACAUCCUCUGCCUGCGAGCACCUCGCAAAUGACAGCCUGAAGCAGGCAGCCGACGAUUUAGAAUCGCAUUUUACACUGCCCCGGUCAGCAUUGAAUUCACUGAACCCAGACUCCGAGGAAUCGUCGGGGCAUCCAUCUCCCAUUCAUGCGGUGUCUCGGCCCUUGACUCCGCUCACAUUGGGCAUCUCUGAUGAUCCCUCGUCGCUGCCCAGUAGCCCUAAAUCUAUUUCCAACCAGUCAUUACGACCACUCGAUGAUAUUUCCAUCACAGAUGAAAUCAAUAGUCAAGCUGUUGGGUCUGGAGAUGAGGAAGAGAGGCCCCAGGGGUCUCCACGUCUGGCCCCGGGUGGAGCCUCGCAAUUUAUCAUGCCAAGUAUCAAAAUGCCUAGUCGGCGACCGUUCACCGAGCGAGGCAAAACUAUCGGCCGAUUCAAACUUCUUCUAGCUGGUGCCCCUGGUUCUGGCAAAACCUCUUUGAUCAAGUCUAUCGUUCAGACAUGCGAUGAUAUUGUACACGUCGACACCAUCCCACAGCUGACUUCUUUGGAGCGCCGCAGGCCUUCUAGACCCCGAUAUCGGGGGACAUUAACUUACACCACGGAAAUCUAUGCUAGUACCAAACCUUAUCCUCCGUGGUGGUCGGAUCUGGAAGAUUCACGCGUGCUACAGCGUCGGAAAAGCAUCGGAGAAGUCGUCCUAGAGAGGAACCUCUGCUUCGUGGACACCCCAGCAACAAACCUAAGUCGCGCAGCCCAAACUGAUGCUAUUGGGCAAUAUAUGAGACAGCAAUUCUUCCGUGCUACCAAUGCGCUCAAUGGAUCUAGUGUUGAUUUCCAAAACUUGCUAGCAGGAAAUGGCGGAUCCCAGGUGGAUGUCAUCUUAUAUUUGAUUUCUAAUGAUACCCUCUCAGCAGACGUGGAAUGCAUCCGCAAGCUCUGCGAGCUAAGCAAUGUAAUUCCAAUCGUAUCCAAAGCAGACGCACUCACCUCUCACCAAAUAAACACCCUGAAAAUUCGCUUCCACGAGCAAGCCCACGAGGCCGGCAUCAAAUCAUUCCUGUUCGGUGGGUCACCGAACGGUCUAGACAGGCUGGAGUCCCAACCCCCAUAUGCCGUCUCCUCGGAGAAAGCAAUCGACACAGAAACAAUGGAUGCAAGCACCCUAAUGAACCCAGAUUAUGUACAACCACUUGUAGCUUCGGAGCUAGAUGCUCUGGUCAAGAAACUGUUUGAUCGUGACAACAUCGCCUGGAUGCGCCAUUCUGCCGCAAAGAAACUCAUCCAGCAACGCACCGACUCAUUUUCCGUGCCUCAGGCAAUCUCAUUGCCUAAUAUGCAGUCGAAUGAUGCCAUAAGUGAGUCAACUGCAUCUACUAGUUGGCGUUCAGUCUCAGGGGCCUCCAUAUCCGCCGGUUCUCCUCCGGGAUAUGCGAUGGCCCGCAUCACGGACUACACCCGACACGAGGAGCGCAUGGCCCAGAUCCGGCUGGCACAAUGGGCGACCGACCUGCAGCGCAGCUUGCAGAAUGAGCGCGAUCGAUACGCCUCGCUGUCUCGAGGCGAGCGCGCUGUAUGGCUAACUGAGCGGCUGGGUGAGUGCGUUGUUGAUGGCUCGCUAGUGCCUCUCUCGCAGACACCUGGCUUCUGUGGUCUGCAUGGCUCCAUGGGCGAGAAGAACCCUGGAGGUUUCCAGGUCAUGCACUCACAUGCCAGUUCCAGGCCCGUGUAUCGCUACACGGAUUUCAACCCGAAUGACCCGCUCGGUGUGGUUGGCUGGAUUGACGAGCUCGGCCACCGGAGCUGGAUGCUUGUUCGAAUUGUUGGAAGUGUGGGGGUUGUGGGUGGGUUGGCGCUUUGGCUUGCCCGUACCUGGGGUUUGCCGACCAGAUAUCUUUCGGAUCUCCGGAUCGAUUACUGGUGCGGUACUAUGGAACGGUAA